AUGGGCCUUUAUUCCCUCAUGCCAACUAGUCAUCGGAUACAGGCUCUGGAAAAGGAAUGUGAAUUUAGGCAGGAUGACUUUAUUCAGUCAACAGCCAUAAAGCAAACAACAGAAUUAAAGCUCUAUGAAGUGGUCCAUCCUAAGAAACUACACAUUUUACACAAAAGAGAGAUAAAGAACAAGACAGAGAAUCAUGGAAAAGAGGAAAGAUAUGAGCCUGAAGUUCAGUAUCAGAUUGUAUUAAAUGGAGAAGAAAUCAUUCUUCACCUACAAAAAAACAAGCAUCUCCUAGGACCAGACUACACUGAAACAUAUUACUCACCCAGAGGAGAGGAGAUCACCAUGAGCCUUCAGAACAUGGAACACUGUUACUAUGAAGGAUACAUCCAAAAUGAAGAGAGAUCUGUUGCCAGCAUUAGUACUUGUGAUGGGUUGAGCAGAAGUCAGCUCCGGCCAUUUUCUAAACAACAGCACUCUACUCUGGACCUUGAUGACACCUGUAUUCAUGCCCAUAUUUAUCUGCUCCAUUCCCUGAAGCCACAUCAAGAAGACUUUCUUCACGCUGAGAAAUACAUUGACCUCUUUUUAGUGCUGGAUAAUGCUUUUUAUAACAUGUAUAAAGGGAAUCUAACUUCAAUAAGAAGCUUUGUGUUUGAUGUGAUGAACUUACUCAAUGUGAUUUAUAAUACCAUAGAUAUUCGAGUGGCUUUGGUAGGUAUGGAAAUCUGGUCUGAUGGAGACAAGAUGAAGGUGGUACCCGAUGCAGGAGUCACCUUUAACAAUUUCCUGAGUUGGCAUCGUUCUAACUUGGUGAAAAAGAAGAUCCAUGACCAUAUUCAGCUCCUCAGUGGAGUUGGCUUCACCAACCGACGUGUAGGAUUGGCAGCCUCAAAUUCUUUGUGUACUCCAUCUUCGGUUGCUGUUAUUGAGGCUAAAAGAAAGAAUAAUGUAGCUCUUGUUGCAGUGAUGGCACAUGAGUUGGGCCAUGUCCUUGGUAUGCCUGAUAUUCCAUAUUACACCAAGUGUCCCUCUGGGAGUUGUGUGAUGAAUCAGUAUCUGAGUUCAAAGUUCCCAAAGGAUUUCAGCACAAUUUGCUGCUCACAUUUCCAAAAAUACCUUUUAUCUCAGAAACCUAAAUGCCUCUUGCAACCACCAAUUUCUAAAAAUAUAAUAACAACACCAGUGUGUGGAAACAAACUUCUGGAAGUUGGAGAAGACUGUGACUGUGGCUUAUCUAAGGAAUGUACCAACUCUUGCUGUGAGACCAUGACCUGCAAAUUGAAACCUGGAGCUGAUUGUGGGGGAGAAACUGUGAACAAUAUCAUGUAA